GUGAUUUCGAAUUCCAAGUCUAUGUAACAAUGUAAUCUAUCAAGCACCUUUAAUGUUUAAAUACAUAUUAGGACGAAACUGAAGACAAAAUUAUCUGAGGCAAAUCGUGGUUACUGGUUAAUUCGUAGAACACCUUGGCGUAACACUCGAAAAAUCUACUGAAUUUGUGUCUUAGUACAAGUGAUACCAUUUAAAGUUAUUUAAAGCAGCCUGAUUUUAUGAUAGAUAAAAGAAGCUUUCUAUUCAAAUUUGUAUCAAGUAAUUCUGCUAACAAUGUGUUCGCGUAUAAGGAACUAUCAUUCUGUUCUUUGUGUAAUUGGUGGGAUCAUUAUUCAAUGUACUUACGGCGGAGGAAUCACCUUGAGUUAUUACACACUGAAAUUGGGAUUCAUUCCAUUACUGAUUACUUAUGGUGUAAUGCAGGGUUUCGGGUUUGGAUUCGGUUAUUCAGCUACUAUAGCUGCAUCAAUUGCAUGGUUUCAAAACAAUCGAGGUUUAAUUGUUGGCCUAAUUGUUGGUGGUUUCGGGGCUGGUCCCAUCAUCUUUACAUCGAUUCAAACAAUAUACAUUAAUCCAAAUAAUAUCAAGACAGAUGACAAAACAAAGCGAUUUGUAGAUGUUGAUCUACUUAACCGUGUUCCUUCUGUGUUUCUACUUGUUGGUGGUGUUUUGUUAGUUAUACAGUUAACCGGGUUAUAUUUGAUGAGAGAUAAACAAAAGGCGAUUGUUCUGUUAACGAAUCACGACUUCAAGGAUCCAGAUAAGUCACAUGAAUUUCCACCUGUUAUAAAUUCAGUAAAUUUACGACCUUUGGAAUUAUUGAAACAGAAAGAAUUUUAUUUUUUAUGGAUCAUUAUAUUUUGUGCUGGAAUACCUUUGACAUCGUUGGCAACACUUUUCAAGCUUUUUGGUAAAACUCAUAUUAACGAUGACAGAUUUCUUGCUAUUAUGGGUGUCGUUGCGGCUGUAUUUAAUUCCGUCGGACGUGCUUUCUGGGGUGCUAUCAGUGAUCGUAUUUCGUUCAAGGUUCCAUUGUGCAUCAUAUUUUUAUGCUGGUCACUUUUACUAACUUCAUUCCCACAUUUACCGUUGAUAUUUGGACCUCAAAUCAAAGUUGGUUUUGGUAUUUGGUUAUGUGGUCUCUAUUUAUUAAUUAGUGGUGUGCUUGUCUAUGCACCAACUGCUACAGAAACCUUAUUUGGACCAAUUAAUAUGGCUGUAAACUACGGAUUAGUUUUCAAUGCAUUUUCAAAGUCAGGCAAUUAAUUAGCUAGUGAAAAUUAAUUGAUAAGUACUAUUCAAGCCAUAAAUUGGUCACGUUUUAUCUCAAAUCUGACUUUUUUUUAAACCAAAUUCUGCAACUGCAUAUCUUUUACAUUACAAUUCAAAGAAUCCCUAUGGUGUAAAAUAUGGACUAGUUUGCAUAUAAACAAAAAAACUAUGAUACUUUUUGAACUUUAUUCAACCCUGAGAUCACUGUAAAAUAAGUUUCCUGAAAGCAUAAUAACAAGUGAGAAAUCUUGUUUAUCUCCUUGCUGAAAAAGAUCAAUAUGAAAAUACUUGAAAAUGUCAUUUUUUAAAUAUGAUGUGAUAAGAAGCACUAAACUUCCAUGCGCGAAGUUGAGAUGUAAGGUGGACUUCUGUGCUCAAUAAGUAGUGUGAGAUUGUUUCAACAAACUGAGUUGGUGAAAUAGAAGCCUGAAAUAUCUUAGAUGGUCAUUACAUGAGAAAACAAGUUGGAUCAGCAGUUAAAAUCAAUUCAGUAAUUAUCACAGUAUAAUCUGUAUUUCAUCUUGAGCAUCUGGUGAAUAAAGUAUGCUAUACAAUUUUAUUCAUAUAUGACCAUAUUCUUCACCUAUUUAAUUAAGCUUCCGAGUUCAUCUUUUGAUAACUCUGACUCAUGAAUAACCAUAUGUCCCUGCAACAGCUAAGUACCUGUUACUAGGUCAACCCAAGCUUUCGAAUAAAAUAUCAUCACUACCUCCAAAGUUCAACAAACAAAUAGAGGCUUUUUCAAAAAAUCUAUGCAGCAAUUACUACCACUUAUUUAUCUCCUUUUACUUCGUGUUGUUUGUUUUUUAUGGCUAAUAAUAAUGUAAAUUAACUUCAUUAAACCAUUUCUGGACAAAUUCCUUAAUAUUUAUCAACGUAUUUGCCAUUUUAAAAAAAUACAGCCCUUAUAUGAGAUUCUGUUUUGAUACUAACCUUGGCGACUAGCAUCACAAUCAACAUUUAUGCGACUAUUUAUAAGUAUUUGCAAUCGACAAUUAAAAAGUGGACUAAUUUUUUAAGAAAAUUCGUUUGAUCGAAAAUUUGCUGUACGAUGGACCAGAUUGUACACCGAUUUUCAUAUAAUACAUGUAGCUAAGUAGAGUUACUAUUUUGUGAACUAAGAGUAUUCAGUUUUAGUACCUUUUUAUUAUUAAUUAUUUUCAUUAUACCCUAGGUUAGUAUAGUACAUAUGCACACUUAUAUUUUAUGCUGUUUCCUAUACAUACACAAAUAGGUAUUCGGUGGUCUAUUCGUUUCGCUAUUGUCCAUCCUAAUUCCACAGUUUCAUGAAUGGGAUAAUCUAUUUUAUCUAUGUGCUGCAAUGUGUAUUUUAGCUUUAUUAAUUGUGCCAUGGAUAUAUGAUAGGAAAAUGCCUAAAUAUUUCAGCUUGUUUCGAUUUUAUAGGCAAAGUCACAGUUGAAUUCUUCUAAUAACUUGUUCGACAAAUAUUGUUAUCCUGAAAAAUUAUCAUAGUUUUUUUAACAGGGAAACAUGAAACUUAUCUUUUAUUGGUGUCAUUUCAAAA